AUGAUUUUUCUAAUGGACCUCCAGAUGAUGCUGCUGGAUGUGAUUUACUUCAUCCUGCGUAACUCUGUGCGGGCGGUGCUGCGCCCGCGCACCAAGCCGGUUGAUGGGGAGCUGGUGCUGAUCACCGGAGCAGGAGGCGGCCUGGGUCGUCUGUUCGCCCAGGAGUUCACCAAGCAUGGGGCAGAGGUGGUGCUGUGGGACAUCAACAGCAGCUCCAACGAGCAGACAGCCAAGCUCGUGCGCGAGAUGGGGGGCACGGCGCACACCUACACGGUGGACGUGACCAAGCGGGAGGAUGUGUACUGCAAAGCAGAGCUCGUGAGGAAGGACCUGGGCCGAGAUGUCACGAUACUGGUGAACAACGCUGGAGUGGUGGCCGGGGAGCGCAUGUUGGACUGUCCCGACGAACUGAUUGAGAAGACCAUGAAAGUCAACUGCCACGCCCUCUUCUGGACAGUGAAGGCCUUCCUCCCCCAGAUGAAGGCCCAGAAUCACGGUCACAUCGUCACCAUCGCCAGCGUCCUCGGCCUCUUCAGCACAUCUUGUGUCGAGGAUUACUGUGCCAGUAAGUUUGCCGCGGUGGGUUUCCACGAGUCUCUAGCCCAUGAGCUUCUGGCAGAGGAUGUUGAAGGAGUGAAGACCACACUCGUGUGUCCCUAUAUUGUGGACACAGGCAUGUUUGAAGGCUGCAAGAUACGGGAGGAAGUGGAACUGGUGCUCCCCCCACUGGAUCCCCAGUACUGCGUAGAGCAGGCCAUGAACGCCAUCUUGAUAGAUCAACCACUGGUUUGCAUCCCCCGCCUCACCUACCUCCCCUUCCUCUCCAGAGCGUUGUUGCCGUGGGAAUCCAAUGUUGUUGUGUAUCGCUUCAUCGGCUCCGACAAGUGCAUGUACCCCUUCAUCGAUUUCAAGAAACAGGCGUCUAAUGGCUGCAUUAAUGUUGUCUAG